AUGCCAUAUUCAACCGACUUGGCAUAUACUGAAUUCACCAAACCAGCUAUAAAGUUGCGCCAAUUGGCCACUCUGGCCAGAGAUCUUGUGACUUGGCGGUCGGCUGGAAAUGUAGCUUUAGCAACACUCGUGAACCAAGUGAAGCUGCCCCACUUCAUGGGCCAACGUCUGAUCUGCGCCUCACUUCACUGCCUGCAACAGUGCAGUUCCGCUGGAGGUAGAAUCAUUUGGGAAAGAGAAAGUCUAGAGGCAUCUCCAAAUCCCUUUUUUUAA